UCGAUUAUAACGCCAGACUAUCAAUGUAAGUGUCUGUGUAGAGAAUAAUGUUAGAAAUCAAACUAUCCUUUUCAUCUCAAUGAUUACAUUACAUUUUCAGGAACUAGUUUCUCAGCAGCGGCGGAAUUAUACUUCACUCCGUUUAGUAGUAACGAUACUGCGUCAAAACGUAAACACAGAGCAGAAGCGCAUGACAGACAGGACGUCUAGCUAGCUAGCAACUUUUGAUUAUUUCUGCGGGCUUGGACAAGGAGACACCGGCAGGGACUCUAAAAAAUUGAGGAUUUGCAGUGACCAUUUUAAACCAGACGACUUUAGAAAACCAUUUCAUCGAAACGGUCACAGGUUUAUGACAAGGAAUGCAGUCCAGCCGUCUUUCCAGAUGCACCAACAGCUACAGAUGUACAGGUGAGUGUGUGAAGUGCACAGGAGGCAUUUCUAGCGCUGAUCGGGCCUGCCAAGCCAUGGGACAAGUGUACCACGCCGGCUGCUUCUCCUGCUGUGUGUGCGGCCAGAAGCUAAAAGGAAAGCCAUUUUAUGACUUUUCAGGACAGGUGUUCUGUGAGGAAGAUUAUUUGUAUUCCAGUGUCAAGCACUUUGCAGAGGUUUGCACAUCCUGUGGAUAUUUAAUCACAGAUAUGGUUCUCCAGGCUUUGGGAAAGUCUUUCCAUCCCGACUGUUUCCGCUGUGUCAUCUGUAACGAGACGCUGGAGGGACAGCCAUUCAGUGUCGACACACAAAACAAGAUAUAUUGUGUGAAAGACUACCACAGGUUUCUAGCACGGACCUGUGCUAGAUGUGAACAGUUAAUCCUUCCCACUGAGGGUUCAAAUGAGAUUGUGCGAGUGAUGUCCAUGGGCAAAAGCUACCAUAUGGCCUGUUAUGAUGGAAAAAGUGACAUUUAAUAACUGUAUCCAGACUGAAGAAACUCUGUUCAUAUAAUUAUAUAAAUAUUCAUUAUUCUGUGUUUUCAGCUAAAAUAUAUCUCUUUUUGACAUUCAUAUUUAUAUACAAGAAAAACUGGAUGUCUGAUUUUCUAAUUUUAUUUAAAUAAAUGUAUUGUUAUCACUA